AUGUUCAAGCUCCGGGCCGGCGAAGCCGCACCUCUUUGGGAUCAAGCCACCUACCCUAAGUUAUUGUUUGUCUCGAAGAAUUGUCAGUUGGAUGGCUCCAACAGCCAGAAGAACUUCGUCUCUAUGCAUUUAAGCCUCCAUCUCGCUGCGGUGCCCCCCCAUACAGUGACGAUUACCACAAAUGAGGUUCUUUGUACUUACGAAAGUCGAGGAGUGCUGUUGUUCCUAAUCGGACAAGAAGGUUUCCUGGUAACCUUGUAUACGGCGCUCAUGAGCAGCGUCCCAGUGAUGCCCUCUCUCGCUUUCCCGGACUUUUCGUCCUUUUCGUCUUUCUUGAAGUCAGUUCAUCACACGAUCCCAAAAACCCUAGCCGCCAUCGCCGCUCCUUCUUUCGACCCCAGCCAAUGUGGUGUAGAUGCUGUCAAUCGGCUACCGGAUGAACUUCUGUCUGAGAUAUGUGUUCUUGCAUUGACAGAAACCAAGACGGACCUGUCGCUCAGCCCUGUCUUCUCGGAAGAAUUCCCGGUAGCGCCCUUCGCCCUCUCACAUGUCUGCCGGCGUUGGAGACACGUCGUGACCGAAGGAACGCCUCUGCUAUGGUCUUCUAUCGCCGUAAUCCAUCCAAACCAUCGUCACGUCUUCAGAACCAAAGUCUGGAUGUCGUAUGUGCAAGGUCCGGUCAAGAUAUUUCUCAACCAGUCUGAUAGCCCCUCAGACGAGGAACAGCAAGCAACGACGGACAUUAUCCAAUCAUUCCUGUCUCGCGUCGACCGAUGGCAGACGGUCGUCCUUCAUAUAAGAGGUCAAUUCCCUUCGCCAAUCCUAGGCGCUCUGGACCGACUACGCAGAAUUCCUAGUCCAUGGUUGAACGCGGUCGAUUUCUCAUUCCUUUCCUUCGUAAAUGGACGGGAGGAUCCGCGCUGGGCAGUGCUUCCUUGCUUCACAGCAUGGGACACACUUCAAAAUAUCCCCUCGCUGACAAGUCUCUCAUGGCAGACAGCGUUUACACCCGGCCCUCGUUUUGGCGCUCAACUGACGAGGGUUGCGCUUCAUUCUCCAAUCAGCAUUGAAGACCUUCUCGACAAGCUUAUCUACUGUCACAAUCUUUCCGACCUCGAAAUCCUCGCUCUCUGUCGCCUGUCGAACAUGAUUACCGUCCUUCCGGAGCAUGAAGAUAUCCCACCGGAUCCGCUUCCCAUCCUCUCACUCCCUGCCCUACGUCGGCUCUGCUUGCAAGCACGCGUCGAUAUCACACCUCUUCUCGAGCGACUACAUACCCCUUCCCUCACUAAUUUCAUCCUCAUAAUGAAGCAAGCCGCGGAGUGGACGACCAUCAAGAAAUUCAUAACACUGUCAGAAUGCAGAUUGUACGAACUCAUGAUCGAAUUCGCGGUCCCCCUCAGCGAAGCCGAGCUUAUCGAUUGUUUGGAAAUGCCUGAACUCCGAUGGGUACACAGAUUGGGAAUGCACAACGCGGAGGUGACGAACAAAAUACUCCUCAUGCUUCACCGACCUGCGCAGCAAGGUGUGCAAACCUUCGAGUACCUCAUUUUCCUGUGGCUGGGUCGAUGUAGGGCAGACGUCGACCCGGCCACUCUCUUGCGCAUGCUUGGAUCGCGGUUUUGGACCAUCCUGGAUACCUGCGUCCCUCCAACAGAGCUCGAGUCGGCACACAUAGGUGUAGACGCAGAUAUGGUGACGGGGGAUAUGGCCGAGUAUGAAAGGGUAAUUAACGCCUGCUCUGCUCGCACUAAGGGGUGGAACCGAAACCUUACUUUCUUCGACGGAUAA